UAUUGAUAGCAACAACAAAUGUUGGUGUGAUUUUUUGUCAAUACGGUGUCUUAUACUGUCCUCAACAUACACCCGUAAUAUAGUGCAAUUUUGUUGAUUAAGCCGAUUGCGGGAUGAAUCCGAUUGCAAAACUGAAUAUCCGGCGAAUAUCCAACCUGCUGCUAACUCUUACCCUAGAUUGAUUGCAAUCUAGGGUAACCUGUGAUACAUGAGCUGAUAAAUUUCGUUUCUCCGGCGGCUCUGAAAACGAAACUGAAGCCUUGAGCCUCAGUCUUCGGAGGUGUAUCAGCUGUUCUCCUAAACAUUGGACCAGCGGAGCUGAUUAGAGAUGUCUAGAGGAAGGUAUCCCUACGACCGAUACAUGGGGGGUAUUUUCACGAGGAAGAACGUUUCAACAGAACCUCGUUCCUCAGGCUGGAGAGGUCCGGAGAACUACAGGAUGACCCCACACGGUCGCUCCUCAGGGCGGAGAGGUCCAGAGAACAACGGGCUGACCCCAUUACGUCGUUUCUCACGGUGGAGAGGUCUGGAGAACUAUGGGCUGACCUGCUGCGUCAACGCUCUGCUCCAGUCCUUCAUCGCCACGUCGGAGAUGAAGGACCUCCUCGACAGGUGGGAUUCGUCGUCUGUGCGUGAGGAUGCCCUGGAUAACGUGCCGGUCCAUCUGAAGGGGGUCCUGGGUGCCAUCAGAGACCCGUCCUGCCGGGCCCCCCACAAGGACUUCCUCCGCUGUCUGGACCGACAACACAUCCGAUUGAACGUACAGCAUGAUGCAGACGAGGUCUUCCUGGCGGUCCUGAACUUCAUCCAGCAGCAGAUGGAUGACAAAGUCUUGGCCCUGGAGAUCCAGAGUCUGUACCGGCUGUCUGUGGAGCUCCACCACCAGUGUGUGGAGUGCUCCUCCAACCAGUCCCCGCCCGGCUCCAGCUACCUGCUCAGUCUGCCGCUGCACAUAAGACAUCAGAACAACACUCUGAAAGACUGCCUGGCGUCCUUCUUUGAGCUACAGAAGUUGAGCGGCAUCGACAACUGCUUCUGCGACCAGUGCAAAACCCGGACCCCCUUUACACACGGACACAGGAUCCUCUCCCUGCCCACCAUUUUGUGCGUGCAGCUGCAGAGGUUUCGACUCUCUGACUCCGGCUGGAUGCAGAAACUCGACUGCUCUGUGGAAUUCCAAGAGUCUUUGGAUUUCCAGGACAUUUGCAGCCGAGAUGUGUUUUCAAAGGACUUCCAAAAGAACGAGGGCACAAAGUACAGCUUGUUCGCGGUGAUUGUCCACUCCGGGUCUGCGAUGUUCGGACACUACACCGCCUUCGUCCGGGCUACAGGGGGCUCGGACUGGUUCUACGCAAACGACAGCCAUGUUGAACCUGUUUCCUGGGAGGCUGUGAGGGAGACGUACGGCGGUCGCAGCAGCAGGACAGCCUACAUGCUGCUGUACCGGAGAGAGCCCACCCAGACCCAGGGAGGGGGAGAGGGGGAGGAACAAGAAGGAGAGAGACAAGAAGGGGAGAGACGAGAAGGGGAGGUACAAGAAGGGGAGAGACAAGAAGGAGGGAGACGGAAAAGGAAGAAACGAGGAGGGGAGAAACAAGAAGGAGAGAAACAAGAAGGGGAGAAACAAGAAGGGGCGGUACAUGAAGGAGGGAGACGGGAAGGGAAGAAACAAGGAGUGGGGGGAAACAAGAAGGGGAGAAACAGGAAGGGGAGAAAUUAGAAGUGGAAAAACUAGAAGUGGAGAAACUAGGAGGAGAGAAACUAGGAGGAGAGAAACUAGGAGGAGAGAAACUAGAAGUGGAGAACCAGAAGGAGAGAUACUAGGAGGAGAGAAACUAGGAGGAGAGAAACUAGGAGGAGAGAAACUAAGAGGAGAGAAACUCGGAGGAGAGCAACCAGAAGGAGAGAAAUUAGAAAGGGAGAAAUUAGAUGGAGAGAAACAAGGAGGGUAGAAACAAGAUGGAGUGCCCCAUCAGGCUGAUAGCGUCUGAGAGCAUUCAGACGGAUAUAUUGAUAUAUAUAUAUGCAUAAUUAGGCAGUUAUCUCAGGCUGACAGGCUGAUACCGUCUGAGAGCAUUCAGAAUGUACAGUCACGCCACAUGUUGGUAUCACAUUUGUUCAUCAUUUUACAUCAUUUAUAAUAUAUGUAUGGUUAUAGAUUAUUAUUAUUCAUCUUUUUUUCUGGCAAAUGUCUUUGUUUUGGGUUUUUACAAAAAAAAAUGUUUACUAUAUAUGUAAUGUAUGUGUAUAUAUACAGUAUUAGUAUACAUCUGUUUUUUUUCUGGCAAUACUUGGUUUUUAUUGUAUUUGUAUGAUUUUGAGAUGCCUGUGUUGUCAGGUUUUUACUAAAAAAAUGUUUACUAUGUGUUAUUUAUGUGCAUAUAUAUAUAUAUAUAUAUAUGAUAGUGCUGUCAGUUAAACGCGUUAUUAACGGCAUUAACGCAAACCAAUUUUAACAGUGUUAAUUUUUUAUCG